AGCCGAGACCAUCUAACAACUAAAACAGGAGCGUCUCCAAGUAACGGACGGAAAGCAAUCUGUAAUAAUUGUUCCGGAAACAAACGUAUCAGAAGCACCCAUAAGCAGUUCUUACUGUGUGAUUUCAUUUCAGCAGCUCAGUGAAACGGCAGCGUCCAGCUGAUGUCUAGAAAGUUGCCUUUUUUCUAGUAAACACUGGACUUUACAGAGGUGAAAGUUUUAGGAUCAGGUUUGGUUCACGCUGUAUCUCUAACCAUGACUCGGUGCCAGACAGAUUGCGUCGAGAAGCCUCUCUGCCGGGCUUUCCGUAAACUUGGAAUCCUCGUGAGUAAAUAUGCCUGGUACUUUCUCACGUUUCCUCUGAUACUUUCUGCUGCUCUGGGUUCGGGCUUUUACUUCUUACCGACAAAUGAAAGCAAUGAUAUCGAGGAGCAAUUCACACCCAUAUAUGGACCAGCAAAAUCUGAGAGAGAGUUCAUUAAAAAACAUUUUCCAACCACUGAUUCAGAAACCUUCUCCGGUCAGAGGCUUUACACAGAGGGGACGUUUGCUUCUUUCAUUGCUGUAUCGAAAGGUGACAAUAUCUUGACAACGGCUGCAUUUGAAGAGAUUUUAUCACUUGAUGACGAUGUAAAGCAGCUCAGCAUCAACAAUAGUCAAGGUAUCACAUGCAGCUAUUCUUGUCUUUGUACACGGAUGGCAAACUCGUGUUUUGGAAAUGAAAUUUUAAAUAUUAUAAAUCACAGUCUAGAAGCCAACACAAGGAUUUCUUACCCUACAAUGAAUCAGACUUUUAUUGGUUUGGCUGUUGGAGGUGUCGACCUAGAUGGAAAUUAUAUCAAAAAAGCAAAGGCGAUUAGACUGGAUUAUUAUUUGCAAGAAGACAACGAUAACAAUAAAAAUCUCAGUUUGUUGUGGCUCAAGAAUUUCCUUCAAGUUUUUCCAAACGAACUGAAGAAUGGGAGAAGCAUUAUGGUUUCCUAUUUCACAUCAAUAUCAAGACAAGAAGAAUUUGAAGGCACUUCGAAGAAAAUUAUUCCUUUGUUCUCUUUCACAUAUUUUCUUUCAAUAUUCUUUUCUGUCAUAUCGUGUAUGAGGUUGGACUCUGUCAGAAAUAAGGUAUGGGUUGCAGCUCUUGGCGUUAUAUCGGCUGGAUUAGCUGUACUAUCAGGAUUUGGACUGCUGUUAUACUGUGGGAUGAAAUUUGCCAUCAAUACCGCCAACGCACCUUUUCUGAUUCUGGGUAUUGGCGUAGAUGAUAUGUUUGUUAUGCUUGCCAGCUGGCAAAAGACCAAGGUCACAGAUAAAGUUGAAGAUCGCCUUGCGGACACAUAUGCUGAAGCAGCUGUCUCUGUUACAAUCACCACUCUAACUGAUGUUUUGGCCUUUUAUAUUGGCAUUAUGACACCUUUUCGAUCUGUGCAGUCAUUCUGUGUUUACACUGGCACAACAGUUCUGUUUUGCUUCAUUUAUAACAUUACAUUUUUUGGAGCUGUUCUUGCACUUAAUGGGAGGAGAGAAGCCAGUAACAGGCAUUGGCUGACGUUUAGAAAAGUUGAAAGUGAUAAUAAAUCAGAAGAAUCUAAAUGUUAUGCAAUGUGUUGUGUAGGGGGAGCUUACGAUAGUGAGACUGGUACAGAAAUAGAACAUCCAAUUUAUUUCUUCUUUAAGAAAUAUUACGGUCCAUGCCUUACAAACAUUUGGGCCAAGGCAAUUGUGGUUGUCCUAUACAUUGGUUAUUUGUCCAUCAGUAUUUAUGGCUGUUUAAAUAUCAAAGAGGGAAUUGAUCUGAGAAAUCUUGCCUUUGAUGGUUCAUAUGUGAUUAAAUUCUAUGAUGAUCAAAGUGCUUAUUUCUCAAAACAUGGACCACGUGUUAUGGUUGCUGUCACUGAACCCGUGGAAUAUUGGGAUUCCACUGCUCAGGAUGAAAUUGAAACCUGCAUGGGCAGAUUGGAAAACAGCUCGUAUGUCGAUCCUGAUUUGUCAGAGUCUUGGCUUCGUGUUUACAUUGAUCUAUCUAAAAAGAUGUCAAUAGACAUACAGGAGAAAACUGCAUUCAUGGGAAAUUUAUCUAUAUUGUUUCAAGUUGUUCCUUUAUUUAAACAAGACAUUAGGUUUUCAGAAAGUAAGCAACAAAUUAAUGCUUCUCGCUUUUUCAUUCAGACCAUUAAUAUAAAUACUUCAGUUGCUGAGAAAAACAUGCUGAAUGAAUUAAGAAAGCUUGCAGAGGAAUGUGAAAUCCCUCUGUCGGUGUAUCAUCCUGCAUUUAUCUAUUUUGAUCAAUAUCUUGUUAUAGUAUCCAACACAAUACAGAAUGUAGUUGUCGCUGCUGGUGUAAUGCUGAUCGUUGCACUAUUUUUAAUACCUAACCUAAUUUGCUCUGUAUGGGUAACACUUUCCACUGCAUCAGUUUUAGUGGGUGUUGCUGGUUUUAUGGCUUUUUGGAGUGUCAAUUUAGAUUCUAUAUCAAUGAUUAAUCUGGUCAUUUGUAUUGGUUUUUCUGUGGACUUUUCAGCUCAUAUUUCGUAUGCAUUUGUGUCCAGUGACAGCAAAAGUGCAAAUGAGCGAAGUGUUGAUGCAUUAUAUAGCCUUGGAUAUCCCAUCAUCCAGGGAGCCCUUUCAACCAUACUGGGUGUGGUUGUAUUGGCUGCUGCAGCAAGUUACAUAUUUAGGACAUUUUUUAAAAUCAUGUUUCUUGUCAUAACAUUUGGGGCUGUUCAUGGUCUUAUAUUUCUGCCUGUGUUUCUGACAUUUAGUGCAAGCUGUGAAAAGUCAAGCAGUGCAAAAUCAGAUAAGAUGUCUCACCUGCCGGGCAACCAUAUCCAUUCCAAUAAGGCAAUUGAACAGAAUGAGACAAGUUAUACAAAUCCACUUAAAAGCAUUUCAGGAGAGCUGAGUCGCGAUUGUCCUGGUUUCUUUGUUUCAAAUGCCUCCAACAGCUUUCCCCUUCCUCGCACCGUCCCUUGUAAUCGCGUGAAUGUAACACCCACCCUUUUGGAUCACCUGUCCUGACUUCCCAAGGCCCCCAACAUCCCUUCCGUUUGAAGCAACAAUCUUCCUAAACUUCUUUCAAUUUAGCUGACUGUAUUUGCUGCACACAAUGUGAGUUCCUCAACACCGGGGAGAUCAAACAUGAACUUGGUGAGUACUUUGCAGAACACCACUGGGCAGUUCAUGAGCAUGACCCCAACCUUCAGCGGCCUGUCAUUCUAAUUCACCCCCUUUUUCUCACACAGACAUUUCUGUCCCGCCCUGGAUCAAUCUUUAUUCACUAGAACCAUUAGUACUCUCUGAACCUUCUGACCCUUGACAUCUUUGUUGUUUAAUUUCUCCCACGCCCUGUAUACAAUCACUGACCUUCCCUUUCAUUCUACCUGACCCUGCCCACUUUUCUCCAGGAUAAAAUCCAUCACAUUUCUUCCACUGUUCACCUCCAAAGAAGAGCCAUAUUACAUGUGAAACACUGUUCUGUCUCCACAGAUAUUGCCUGACCUUAUUGGCUGUUCCAGCACUUUCUGUUUUUAUUCCAGAUUUUCCAUAGUUCUCUAGGAUGUUUUGAUGACAUUUUAACCAGAAAUGCCAUGCAAUAAUGGAUAGGACCAUACCGGGAACUUGUAAAGAGUUUCUCUCCAUGGUUUUAGCAGACACAUUCCAAUAAUUAAAUGCAAUGUUUAUUUGUGGUACUUUGAGUUUUGCUGUGAAAUAUGUUUAUUUUGUCCCUUUUCUGUUUCAUUUCUCUUUCCUUAUUAAUGUUCUUUCUCUCUGUUCUUUGUUUUUAUUCUUAUAUUUUUCUUCUUCUUGAUGAGGUGAAUUUAUCAAAACAUUAAAAUUCAGGGGCAGAAAAGUCAAUUUGGAACAUCAUUUAUCCACAUAGGAUUGUCGGCUUUCAUGACAACAGCAUAAGUUCAAGUGCAAUUCAAUGGCUGUAUUGAGCAUGUGGUAUGGCAGUAUUCAAAUACAAGUUGUUUUUUUCCCUGGAUGUAUCUGCCAUGCAGUUAUGGAUCCUUGACAAAGUAAUAGCAUACUGAUGUGGUUAAGCGACCAGAAAUUGAACUUCAGAUGAAAAUAUUAAUAUUUAUUUGUCAACACCUUAAGAUGUGUGAUGAAAUUAUUCAUCCUACAACACAAUUAAUCAACAAGUGUUGAGCAUGGAGACAUUUAUUGCGUUGUCGGAUGUCAAAGCAAAAUAUCUUUAUAAAUUUUAUGUGAUGAUUUAUAGAAUUCUAGAAGCUGUCUGUGUCAAGUAACAAGGAAUAAUUCUCCUACUUUACAUUUGAGUAGAACGUCAUCUAUCAGUAGACUCAAUUAGAUAUUUGCCUGAUAUCAGUGAGACUCUUUUCUUGCUGGGGUAGUGAAAUUAGCACAUUAUACCUUGGGCACACAUCUUUUAAUGUUGCACUGGAAUGUUACAGCUUUUGAAAAACACUUUGUUGAAUACUUCAAAACAUUUUACAACAUAAUUUUUAUCAGAGAAGAUAUUUCACUUAUAAUUUCUACCAGAUGAUGUGUUCUUUUUUUAAAUAAUUUACAAUAAAGUGAAAA